CUGAGCUGUCCAGAAAAAACUUGCGGCCCACUCAAGUCUCCACACUAUAUAACGGCACAAACUCCCUCCCUGGAUUCUGCACCAAACGAAAGAGCACAUAUUAUAACCCCUUCCAUUUUCCAUUAUUCUUGAAAAAGCUUCAUCAGAUCUCUCGAGCACAUAUUAUAACCCCUGGUCUCUCUCUCCCCCUACAUAAUAUUUUCUUAUAUAUAAAGUCAGUGUUACCAAUUGUCUCUGGACAACCAAAAUACAUGAUCGGUUCGGAAAUCGAGAUCCCAACCCACUUCGAUCCAUUCACUGAGGCCAAAGAAUUGGGUGGCGUAGGGGCAAAGGAAUAUAUCCAUAUCCGCAUCCAGCAGAGGAAUGGGAAGAAGAAACUGACCACAGUGCAAGGCUUGAAAGAAUUGGGCUUAGAGAAGAUACUCAAAGAUCUCAAGAAAGAGUUAUGUUGCAAUGGCAAUGUGGUUCAAGACAAGGAGCAUGGCAAGAUAAUCCAGCUUCAAGGUGACCAUCGCAAGAACGUUUCCCAAUUGUUGGUUCAGGCUGGUCUUGUUAUGAAGGAUCAGAUCAAGAUUCAUGGUUUUUGAAUAACUUCAAAUUCAGUUACAUUUGAAUAUUCGAAUUUAUAUUAAAUUAAGUUAGUACCUUAACAUAUUCGGAAAAAUAAAAAGGUGGCUUAACAAAUACAAUAGUAUAUGUUAAGCAACCGUUAUGUA